ACCGAGAGCAUAUACUUGAGUAUUUUAUGUCUUUUCUAGAGCGCUCGUGCAGGUGACAACAUGCGGCGAAGUGCAGCCUGUGUUUCUAGAUUUCAACAUAACCGUUUUUUCCUCCAAGUUUAUUUGGGACGGUUUUAGGGAUGUUCAUAGCGAAGGCUUAUGUUGAGUACGAAUGUUUUUAUUAUGUAUAUAUAUAGAAUAGUGUUAAAACUCAAAAACCUCUCUGUUGUUCCAGACUCCAAUUAUGAGUGGUCGAUAAAUGGCUUUAUGAGCAACCUAUUAGACGUUUGGAAAGCUGAAUCCCUCGGCGUUCAUAACCUAUGACAAGAAGUCAAUUUACAGGUUUUAAGAGACCUAAAGAGAGAUCAAGAGACCAAGCAUGGCCCAGGCCUCUCAGGACCAAGGUGCAGUGGGCGUGGCCGACCCAGAUGAGGAUUCACCCAACAUGAUUGCUUACAGGAAGAUUGAAGACAUCAUCAUACGCCUACAAGAUGAAACUGAAGGUGUGCCUGUCAGAACGGUCAAGAGCUUCCUGUCCAAGAUUCCCAGCGUUGUUACAGGAUCUGACAUCGUUCAGUGGAUGAUGAAGAACCUCAACAUAGAUGAUCCAGCGGAGGCCAUACACAUUGGCAGCCUGAUCGCCGCCCAAGGCUACCUAUUCCCCAUCUCCGAUCAUGUUCUCACCCUCAAGGAUGAUGGGACGUUAUACCGCUUUCAGGCUCCAUACUUUUGGCCCUCUAAUUGCUGGGAGCCAGAGAACACAGACUACGCCAUCUAUCUGUGCAAGCGGACCAUGCAGAACAAGACCCGGCUGGAGCUGGCGGACUAUGAGGCGGAGAAUCUAGCAAGACUACAGAGGGCUUUUGCUAGGAAGUGGGAGUUCAUCUUCAUGCAGGCUGAGGCACAGGUCAAGAUCGACAGGAAAAAAGACAAAACGGAGAGAAAGAUUCUGGAUAGUCAAGAGAGAGCCUUCUGGGAUGUUCACCGUCCUGUGCCUGGGUGUGUCAACACCACAGAGAUGGACAUCAGGAAGUGUCGCCGCCUGAAGAAUCCUCAAAGGGUGAAAAAGUCAGUGUAUGGAGUAGUGGACGACACACAGACUCAGAGUCCUGUACACACACCCUCACAGCAGAUCAGCAAGGACACCAGAGAGGACGUAGAGAAAGAGAUUCUGUUCUUGAACACUCAGUUGGAUCGACACUGUAUGAAAAUGUCCAAAGUCGCUGAGACAUUGAUGAGCUACACAGAGCAGUACCUUGACUAUGACCCGUUUGUGACAGUGCCAGAUCCAGCUAACCCCUGGAUCAGUGAUGAUGUCACUUUCUGGGAGCUAGAGGCCAGUAAGGACCCGAGUCAACAGCGAGUAAAGAAGUGGGGCUUCUCGCUGGACGAGGCUUUAAAGGAUCCAGUGGGCCGUGAGCAGUUUCUUAAAUUCCUGGAGUCCGAAUUCAGCUCAGAGAACCUCCUGUUCUGGUUGGCUGUGCAGGAUCUGAAGUGCCGCCCCCUGCAGGAAGUGGCAGCUCGUGCUCAGGAGAUCUGGCAGGAGUUUCUAGCUGAGGGAGCUCCCAAUGCCAUCAAUCUAGACUCGCACAGCUACGAGCGCACCAGUCAGAAUCUAAAAGACCCGGGCCGCUACAGCUUUGAAGAUGCCCAGGACCACAUCUACAAGCUGAUGAAGAGUGACAGCUACCCUCGCUUCCUGCGCUCCAAUGCUUACCAGGAUCUCCUGCUGGCCAGAAAGAAGCCUGAGACUGAACAAGGCCGCCGCACAUCCCUGGAGAAAUUCACUCGCAGUGUGGGCAAGUCUCUGACAAGUAAACGACUGACAGGCCUCAUGCAGUCCUCCUGACGAGUCCUGAACUCUGUUGGGGUUUGUUGGGGUGGAAGGAUUGUGGCCAUGACGGACCACGUGUAUGGACCACCCUCUCUCCAAAACCCACCCGAACACCGCACAGCUACCGACUCUAGAUGGCAGCAUGCAAUAAGUCCAAAAAAAAAUCUCCAAACGGCGACAGUGCUGUCUGUGUCUAUUAAAUCAGUGACUGCAAAGACCGCAUACAUGAAUGUCAGAUUUCCCAGUACCAUCUAGAGAACCAUUUUACGUUUGUUUGAUACCUAUAACCAAACUGCAGCAAGGAUGGGACUGUCUCGCUGGAUUGCUGUUUAAAACAUUCACUGUCAGAUAUGAAAACAAGGUGUGCUGUAUGUCAACGCUAAGCAUUCGGAUGAAGCGAGGAUGUGUCUCAAAUCUUCAGAGCAUUCCAAAGGAGUGAAGAACAUGACAAGGGCUUUCAGUGACUGUGUUCCCUCAGUCAAGGUUUGCACAGAACUUUUCGUCAUAUACUUUUAUGUUGGACAGUCACUGAAUGUGAAGAAAUGAAGGGGUUUGGAAAAGCACAUUGUUAUUACUCCUGCCAUUUUGAAGAAACUAGAAUUAUUUAUCUAACUACAGGCCGUGUUAUACUCACCUACUGUAUUAGCACAUGAUACUUCUAACUGAGAUGAGAGAAUAAUGAAGAGCGAUACCAGACUCAGUUUUAUUGAGGAAUAAAGAAAUAUCGACCGGGAUAAUAAAAACUGUUAGUGUUUCGGGAUGAUUCAGAGCACAGAAUAUUGCUUUUGCACAAAAAUUACACCAGUGAGGAACGAAGGAUACCAGAGAUGCGAGUCCUGCUCGGUCAGUCCCUGCUGAAAAAAACAAUAGACACCAGAACAAAAUUUGUAAUGGUUUUACUGGUUAUAAUGGGACUAAUGAAAACUAUAAUGGACCUUAUUCGUCUCUACUGGUAAUUAGUCACCUUCUACUGGUGGCUUGUUAAAACCAAUAAAUCCCAAUGGAAUAUGCCCCAAAACACACACUACAGAACACAUUUUUUAAUGGUUUUAAAAGUUGAUGGUUUGUAAUGUUCGUACUGGUAUGUGUAGUGGAAACCAUUAGAAUUUUCUGUGAUGGUUAUAUUGUUUUUUUUCAGCAGGGAGUGUGUUUCCUGAACAGCUUUACAGCUAAAUGUCCAAACAAAUAACUUUAAAGAUUAUGGAGCAUCUAUGGAGGCCCAUUUUGCCACAUAAUAAAAUCACAACCCUGAGACUUUGUUUCAUAUCCAAAGUAACCUGGUUUGUCGUGUCUGUCGGCGCAUUGUCAGUUUCCUCUUUGGGUCUUCUAACAAUUAUGAUUUUAUCUCAUAAUUGUGUCUUAGUAUCUCAUUUUGACUUUUUAUUUCGUAAUUAUGACGUAUAAAGCUGAAAUUAUUGGAUAUGAAGUCAUAAUCUCAACAUUUGUGUCAUAAUUAUGAUUUUUUCUUUAUCCUCUGGGGUCGAAAAACUCACAAUAUCACACAAUUCUGACUUUAUACAGUACCAAUCAAAAGUUUGAAGAUUUUUCAAAAGUUUUUUAAAGAAUUCUCUUCUGCUCACCAAGCCUGCAUUUAUUUGAUUCAAAAUACAGCAAAAAGGGGGCAUUAUAGAAAUAGAUACAUUAAUUUAGCAAGGAUGCUUUAAAUUUAUUAAGGUGAUGAUAAAGACAUUUAUAAAGUUACAAAAGAUUUUUAUUUCAGAAAAAUGCUGUACCUCUGAACUUUCUAUUCAUCAAAGAAACCUGAAAAUAUUCUACUCAGCUGUUUUCAACUUAAUAAUACGUUUUUUGAGUAGCAAAACAGAAUAUUAGAAUGACUUCUGAACGAUCAUGUGACUGAAGUAAUGAUUCUAAAAAUUCAGCUUUGAAAUCAAAGGAAUAAAUUAUAUUUUAAAAUACAUUCAAAUAGAAAACAGUUAUUUUAAAUAGUAAAAACAUUUCAAAAUCGUACUGUUUUUGCUGUGGAUCAAAUAAAUGCAGUCUUGGUGAGCAGAAGAGACUUUUUUAAGUAAAAAUCUUACUGUUCAAAAACUUUUGACCGGUAGCGUAUGUUACAAUCAUGAUUUACCAAAGCAAUUUUUUUUUCUCAUGUGGCAGAAAUGGGUUCUGUAAUCAUCUGGUAUUACUGUAUGUUUGAAGCCAACACACUGGUCCUUAUCAACUAUGUUUGUCUUUGCUUUAAUGAAUGGUAUUGUAGUUUGGAAUGUAAACACUUCAUGUCGCUUUGUAUCAGUGUUGUGAUUAGUAUGAUGAUGAUGGUGAUGAGGAUGAUGAUUUGCUGAGCACAAAUAUCAAAAUCACAGCUCUUUUAACAUAUCAACAGUAGACGAUGUUUUUGCGGGAUUACCAUCCAUUAGAAAGGUGUUUUUCAUGCAGGACACUGAGCAGCCAACCCCAGCCGCAUUUUUGUAUUCUUUUGCUUGCAUUGUUUCCUAAAGCAGCCUCACUGCCAGAGACGCAUAGACUUAAGCUGCUGGAAUACAUAAAUGAAUUCUCUCAGUUGUCUUUAGCCCACAAGUUUAAAGACAGUCAAACGGUUGACAUAGCACGUUUCCUCUACAUACUUUCAGGUAGUUAAUUUGUUGACUCAUAACUGUACAUUAGGUUGAAAUGGAAUGUAUAGACUUUGCAGCAAUCCUGGAUAUGGAAGAUGCUGUGUAGAAUACUGAACGUGGAAUAUACAGUAACUUAGAGGCACAAGUGCCAUAUUCAGCACAAAACUAUGCAUGGAAUAUUUCUAAAGAGUUUUACUGCUUUUAGACUUUUUUUUUUCUUCAUUGGCAAAGAUCAGGGUCCAAUAAGUCAAGAUAAUGUAAAGAAGGACCUGAAGUCCUGAGACAUUCAAUAAACAUUCAGUUUGGAGA